AUGGGACUAUUAGAUUUUGCACCUGAAUACAUUGUUAGUAGUCUCUCGGCCAUUGCAAUUAUGGGAGAUUUCUUCGAAAAGUUAAUGUGGUUCUUUCGAUGCUUUGGGUGUCCCUUUGAUGGGCUGUUUCACUCCCUCAACGUAGGAGGUGAAAAAGAAUCUUGCUGUUUAUUUUGGCUUUCAGCCAAUUAUUUUAAGUUAAAAAACAACGAAGACUCAAAUGACAAAGGAACAGACCGUCAUCCAAAAUACAGACCUUUUGGAUUUUAUGCAAUGAAACUGAAAAAUAAAAAAGAUAUAAUGGAAUACGUAAAACAAUGCACAGCAAAAUUACCCAUGCUAGAAAGAGUUUCUUUAUUGAUUACAUCAUACUACAUAAUAGUUGGUGUAAAGGAAGGAUUUUCCAUGAUAAAAGGAACGGUCGUUUUUAAAGAUCCUAAAGAUGUUUUUAAAAAAAAUAUAGAAAUUAUUGUGGAUGACAAUCCUAUAGGCGAAUUUCCAUUUUGA